AUGCCCGAAGACUUCCAUCUCUAUGUGCCCCAUUGUCCUUUUCAGAGCGGCACCAGAGGUUCCUCACGGACCCCUCCCGGGAAUGGGACACUGGCUGCUGAUUUUUCUGAGCCUGAAGAUACAGAGAGUGACCUUGGGACAUACACAGCUCAGAGCUGGAAGGAAAAAAACUGGAAAUAUACCUCUGAACCAGAAGAUUUUAAUAGGAAGACAAAAGUGCUCCCAUCUCUGGAUUUGAAAGAGAAAGAUGGCAAAAACACAAAGCACCCAGAAGAACAACUGGAGCAAGAAUUAAAGGAGACAAAAAAGAGGCUGAUGCUUUGUACUCAACAGCGACCCUUGUCAUAUGAUUCAAGCAGGAUGGACUUAGGUGGAACCAGUCCAGGGUAUCAAAACAAAGGAGCACUGCGGACUUCUGAGAAGGAUGCUGACUGGCGAAAAGAUGUGUUCAAACUAUCUGGUCAUCCUACGCCUCUGUUAUUUGCAGAUGAUGCUCCACCAGCUUUGCCAGUUGACACAAAAGAUGCUCUGAGGAGUCCAGGUGCGGUUGCCAGGGAGCAGGCAGCUGGCCGGCCAAAAUCACCACUGAGGCUCAUAGCCAGUGCUAUCAAAAGGUCCAUUUUGGAGCCUCUAACCUCAUCUCCAGAAGGACUAAAGCAGGACUCGGACAGCAAAGUCAAAGCCUCUUCAGAACAAGCUUUCUUCAGCUUCCCCAGUACUCCUGGCUAUUCCUUAAGCCAAGGGAACAAUAACAAUAAUAGAACAGAUAAUACUCGGCCACGGGAGCGUAAAGUAGGGGAGCGGGCAGGAGAAUAUUUAAGAAAUGGGAAGCCUUUCUCAAAUCCGUCUAAGUUUUCUGUCAGUUCUGAAGAGAGAUCUCUAAGGGAUUACAGCAAGGACGCAUCCUUCCCUGUCUACAGUCCUCACACCAGGCCUUCCAAGACAACCAGUAUACCUCAGAAAUCAUCUGGCACUAGGAUGGAGGAUGUCCCAGGACUCCUAGAAAAGUUUACCUUUAAAGAGACUCCUCCAGGAGCUUCAAUGGAUGACAUGUUUAUCUGUAAUGAAAAGUACCUCCUCCUUUCAUCUUCAGAGCCCAAGAACACCUCCAAGGACAAUCUGGAUGACUCUGCACAGAAGGGUACUCUUGGGUCGCUCUUCGGUAGACUGAGAAGUAAAGCUCAUGACAGAGAAGGGAAUUCCUUUGUGUCAUCUCUGCCUUUCAUGAAGGACUGCUCUCCAGAAGACAGGCUAUGUUAUCCUUCCACAGGAGAUAGCGCCUUAUUGACCUACUCUGACCUAGUUGAUGUGAACACCUACCUGUCAGAAAACAAGCUACCGAGUAUUCUACGUCUUCCUCUGGUGAUGAAUUUGAAUCCAAGGCUUCAUUACCACACAAGUGGGAAAACCGUAGCCCUGAAGCGCUGCCAGAUAGCUUGGGUGAAGGGCAAGACGGAGCAAGCGCAGGCGGCUGCCUCGGCCAGCCCUGCAGCACGUGCUGCCCCGCUUUCCCGGCAGCGGCGACGGGUGCCCCAGGGAAAGGCAAAAAGGGCUCUCAGAAGGAGAAGGAAGCUGGAGAAGGAGACAAAGCAAUUGAUUAAACAAGAGGAGCUGAAGAGGCUUCACAAAGCACAGGCAGUCCAACGCCAACUAGAAGAAUUGGAGGAAAGACAAAGAGCUCUGGAGAUUUUUGGUGUCAAACUGGAGAGAGAACUAAGAGGAGAAUCAGAUUCAGGCACAAAGGAUGAAACUCAGAUGCUACAUGAGUGGUUUGAGCUGGUCCUGGAGAAGAACAAAUUAAUGCGUUAUGAGUCUGAGCUCCUGAUCAUAGCCCAAGAGCUAGAACUGGAGGACCAUCAAAGCAGGUUGGAACAAAAGCUGAGAGAGAAAAUGGCCAUUGAUGACAGCCUUAAAGAUGAGAUGGAUCUGAAUGAGGAGGAUGAAAUUUUUACUGAGAUGAUGAAAGUGGUUGAAGAAAGGGACAAACUUGUGUCUACCUUAGAGGAGCAGAGAGUGAAAGAAAAAGCAGAAGACGAGCACUUUGAAAGCAUUAUAUUAUCUAGAGGCUAUCAGCUGAGCAGGAUUUAA